CUGCCACUGGUAGAAAGUACCGGAGAGUAGGGAACUGGAGGCGGAAGACAGGCAAACAAGAGAAUCCCUUCUCUCCGCUCAGUUCUCAAGCUCUCGCCCCAAGCUUUAGCGAAGAUGAGUACCAUGAAAUUCUGCCGCGAAUGCAAUAAUAUUCUCUAUCCUAAAGAAGACAAGGACCAGAAGAUCCUUCUCUAUGCUUGCCGCAAUUGUGAUCACCAGGAAGUUGCUGAUAAUAACUGUGUAUAUAGAAAUGAAGUGCACCACUCUGUUGGGGAACAAACCCAAAUAUUGUCAGAUGUGGCUGCGGAUCCGACUCUUCCCCGUACUAAAUCUGUUCGUUGUGUAAAAUGCCAGCAUGGAGAAGCUGUCUUCUUCCAGGCGGCUUCUAGAGGCGAAGAGGGUAUGACACUGUUUUUCGUCUGUUGCAACCCGAAUUGUAAUUAUCGAUGGAGAGAAUGAGAUUUUGCUGUUUAUGAAUCAUGAGGUUGAUGUUUUUUUUUAACUAGCAUGGCUAAAGACCACCUGUGGUCAAAUCUUUAUUUGGAGGUUGUAAAAUGAUAAUCUUUUGCUCUGGGUUACUUGCAACUCCUAAAAUUGAUUAGGAAAUAUAUUAUCUAUCAGUUUUUGGCCUCUCAGAAAA